UUUUUAAAUAUUUUUUACAUUCAAAAAAAUUAAGAAUUAAUUCUAUUAGUUAAACGAUUCGUGAAUAUCUUAAGGAAAUAAAGUAACAAUUUUCUACGUUAUCAAUUGAUUACGGCGACUGAAUGCGGCGCUAAGAUUGGUGUAUCGGAAUCGUUGCGGCAAAUCGCGCGUGUUUGAUCGCCAAAAUCAGUACUUCAGGCACCACGCGUAAUCAAGCGUAAUUCUCCGAAUUCUAAACACUGAAUCGGCAUUUCCUGCAUUCACGUAUCUCUUCAAGCAUGCUUGAGAAUCCGGCCGAGUGAACACUCAUUACAACGGCAUUACGACUUCCCUUCGGAGGAAUUUCAUCGAAAGCUAAGAUGACGGGAUCCAGAGAUUUUAAUGACGGAAAUCGAUGAAAUCGAUCUCCUUCCUUUUAGACAAAAAAAAAAAUCUAGUCGAUCGUUUCCCAAAGCGCAAGUGAAUUCUGUAAGGUGGAUCCUUCGAACAGAGGAAGCAUGGCACGUUUGUCGAAUUAUUUUCUGGUGAUCGUGUGUAUCACUUAUAAAGUGGUCGCGGAGAAAGAAUCAAACAUCCUGAAAUUGAGCAGAUCGCACAAGGUUGCUCCGAACGUAACAACAAUAACAUCAAGCUUUAACGAUACGAAAUAUACCCCGGAGAAGAAUGAAUCCGUUAAGCAGUCGCCCCUAAUUGCCUUUAGCAAGAACAAUCCAGAGCUGGACUGGAAGAAUUACUUGAAAAUGUUUGACGGGAACGAAGAGGAGCCUCGGGAUCUCGAUGUCGAUUUUAUGAAGGAGAAACUCGAAAGAACGGCCAACAGUAUACAAUGGCUCGCUGAUCUUUACGAUCCUCUCAGGUGGGCCAGAGUACCCGGGGAGCUUCAAGACGAAUGCCGAAGGGAUAUGGAAAAAUUUCUCGGUGCACUGAGAGAUGGAAAACUCUGGGCGGCGAAAAUGUCGGAUGCGAGCGGCCGCUACUCUUCGCAAUUUCACUUUGGCAACGGCUUUUGGCUGGGCUCGAUUACACUCUGCAGAGAACUCAAUAGCACCGAUGGAAAAAGUAUAAUGAGCAUCGAGGAGCAAUCACCCUUCGCCUUGAGAUUUCACGUCGCAAGAAUUUACUUAAAUCUCCCGAAGGAGGUCGACUUUUCGACACGUCAGGUGUUUUUGGGUCUCUGCCUGCCGGGAACAUGCGAUCGCACAUCUCUCACCUCGAUGCUACGGGCCAGCGCUGAUAGAGUCGAACGCGAGGGCAAUUCGACCUAUCGAUCGAGCGGCCCGAAGAUUCACGUUGUUACGGUGAAGCCCGUACCAUCCAGCAAUUACUGCGCUUGGCAAGAUCCCAAAUUUUACGUGCUCUCAGCUAUCGGCGGCGCGAUAUUGAUGCUGAUGAUAUGCGCGGUCGUUUACGAGUACAGAUCGUUCCCUCCCGUGAGGGACGUCGAGUCCUCGAGUGUGUCGAAUAACAAUGACAAAGGCAGCGGCUUCACGGACAAGAAUCUGAAUCAAGACCGCAGGAUCUCGAUGGGACAGGAAAACGAUCAGGAGCUAAUCGAAAAGGGGACGAAACAUUUGCAAAAAGAGAAUCCCGUUCAGAGGAAGGAUUGCGGCAAAGGGUUCUGGCUGAAAUUCCUACUCGCGUUCAGCCCUAUCGUCAACGGAAGUAAGAUCAUUAGCACCGAGCCCGCGGCGAAGGAUAGUCUAACCUGUCUCCACGGUCUUCGCGUCUUCUCCCUGGGAUGGGUCAUCAUGGUGCACACAUACAUUCAAGUCUUCUCCAUCGCCGAGAACAAGACAUUGCGCACGGUCACAGAAAGGAAUUUCAUGUUCCAGACCAUCAGCAACGCGACAUUCUCCGUGGACACUUUCUUCUUUAUUAGUGGCUUGCUGGUGACUAUACUUUUCUAUCGAUCCUUGGGCAACCUUAAUACCGAAAAGGGCAGUUAUUUAAAGACAAGCUUCAUCAAAUUCAUUAUUAUGGUCUUGUAUCGAUUCGUCAGACUGACACCGGCUUACCUCUUUGUGCUGGGGAUAAACGAAAUCGCUAUGAAGCAAGCUCAGGCCAAGACAGUCUUUUCACCUGUUAUUAUCGAUCACCUGACCUGCGAAAAGUUCUGGUGGCGAAACGCGCUAUAUUUGAACUCGCUAUAUCCGCGCACGGAAAUGUGCAUGAUGUGGAGCUGGUAUAUGGCAAACGACACGCAGUUCUAUGUCCUUGGGAUACUUCUUCUUUUGCUCUCGGUGAAAUAUUUCAAGACCGCGGUCACCAUCGUUUCGCUGUUGAUCGUCUCUUCGUGGUUCACUACGUUCUCAAUAGCCUACAGCAACGAUUACAUAGCCAGGAUCCAGGAACCGUUCGCCCUGUUCGACGAACUCUACGAUAAGCCUUGGCUGAGAGCGGGCCCGUAUUUCAUCGGCACGAUCAGCGGUUAUAUCCUCUUCAAAACGAAGUGCCAACUGAAGCUGCCUAUGGGAAUAAAAUUGAUUGGCUGGAUGCUGUCCGUAGCCAUCAUGUUCUCGGUGGUGUACGGACUGUAUCCCGGAAAUUUGACGGUGAUGGUGAGCUCCGUGUAUGCUGCCUUGGGCCAUACCGCAUGGGCGAUGGCCGUGGCUUUUAUCGUGAUCCAAUGUUGCACAGGGUCGGCACGAAUGAUCGACAGCUUGCUUUCGCUUAGGUUAAUGUAUCCUCUCUCGAGACUCACGUAUUGCGCCUACCUCGUGCAUCCUGUUAUCAUGAUGAUCACGACUACACAGAUGGACGGGCCGCUGCAUCUCCACAAUGGGAUUGUGCUUAUUCUAUAUUUCGGCAAUCUAGUAGCGUCGUACCUGCUGUCGUUCUGUAUUUCUCUCGCCUUUGAGGCACCGGUAGUAACUUUGUUGAAAAUUGCAUUCACUUCGAAGAAGAGGGCGAGGUAGAAUGCGAUCGUUCGUCUGACAGAAGGAUAAAUGCGAUUAUCCAGCGUAAUAAUGACACUGCCUCGAAUCUGAAUCUAAAGCAAAGAUGAAAAUCAUCGAGUACUUUCCCAGAAUGGAAGAAUUCAUCUUUACUCAUGACCAUAAAUUACUGAUUUCAUAGUUUUUAAUAAUAAUAAGAAUUUGAUGAUAAUUCGUGCAAUGAAACAGGUUUUAAUUUCUUAAUGUCGAGAUCUUUUUCGGAGGAUAUUCCUUGUAAAUCAAUCCAUCAUUAUUAUAAUAAGGAAAAACUAAGAGAUAAAAUAUCAGAUAAAUAAAAAAUGGCAUU